CGGCGGCGCUGCAGCUGCGGGGCGUGGGGGCGGCGGCUUCGGAGGCCAAGGCGGUGGUGGUGGCCCUCGCGGAGACACCGGCACCUCGACUGGGGAAAGCGCUCGGCCGGGACCCCACAGAAGGCCCUAUGGAGGUGGCUGCGGGUGGAGGCUGCGGCGCGGCACCACCGCUGCUGCUGAGCGAUAGCGAGCAGCAGUGCUACUCUGAGCUCUUUGCGCGCUGUGCAGGCGCUGCAAGCGGGGGCCCGGGACCUGGACCUCCCGAGGCUACCAGGGUCGCCCCCGGCACCGCCACUGCGGCCGCAGGUCCAGUGGCCGAUCUGUUCCGAGCGUCGCAGCUGCCACCGGAGACGUUGCACCAGAUCACAGAACUGUGUGGUGCAAAGCGGGUUGGUUAUUUUGGUCCAACACAGUUUUACGUUGCCCUGAAAUUGAUUGCUGCAGCACAGUCCGGCCUCCCUGUUCGGACAGAGAGCAUUAAAUGUGAACUGCCUCUGCCUCGCUUUGUGAUGGCAAAGAGUGAUGGUGAGAUACGGUUUGGGAACCCAGCUGAGCUGCACGGAAAGAAGGUUCAGAUUCCAUACUUACCCACCGAGAAAAAUUCCCUCAAAAGAAUGGACGACGAGGAUAAACAGCAGGAAACACAGUCUCCCACGAUGUCACCCCUUGCCUCCCCUCCUUCUUCCCCGCCUCAUUACCAGAGGGUGUCCUUGAGCCAUGGCUACAGCAAACUGCGGAGUGGCACAGAACAGAUGCAUUCAGGGUCUCAUGAGCAGCAGUAUGGCCGCCUGCCUGCUAAGCUUACAGGUCCUUAUGAAACUAGGCAGCCCAUUGGCCAGCCUGAAGGAUCCUCAUCAGAGGCUCCAAUAUCCAAACCCCUUCGUCGUCAGGCAUCUCUUAUUCGGUCCUUUUCAGUGGAGAGAGAACUGCAGGAUAACAACAGUAAUUACCCAGAUGAGCCCUGGAGGAUAACAGAAGAACAGCGGGAGUACUAUGUCAAUCAGUUUCGGUCCCUCCAGCCAGACCCGAGUUCCUUCAUUUCAGGGUCUGUGGCCAAGAACUUCUUCACCAAAUCAAAGCUCUCCAUCCCAGAACUCUCUUAUAUCUGGGAACUCAGUGAUGCUGACUGUGAUGGAGCCCUGACCUUGCCAGAGUUUUGUGCUGCAUUUCAUCUCAUUGUAGCACGGAAGAACGGCUACCCACUGCCAGAGGGCCUACCUCCUACUCUGCAGCCAGAGUACUUGCAAGCAGCUUUCCCGAAAUCCAAGUGGGAGUGUGCAAUAUUUGAUUCUUAUUCUGAGUCAAUGCCAGGGAACCAACAACCCUGUGACUUGAAUCGGAUGGAGAAGACAACUGUUAAAGACAUGGCUGACUUUCCUGUUCCUACGCAAGAUGUGUCUACUGGUGAUGACAAACAAGCUUUGAAAAGUACUGUUAGUGAACCUUUACCAAAGGACGUGUCUGAGGAUACAGCAACUUCUAAGGACUGCAACAGUCUCAAAGCAAGACCAAGAUCCAGAUCUUACUCUAGCACCUCCAUAGAAGAGACCAUGAAAAGGGGUGAGGACCCUCCCACCCCGCCACCGCGGCCACAGAAAACCCAUUCCAGAGCUUCCUCCUUGGAUCUGAAUAAAGUCUUCCAGCAGCCCAGUGUGCCAGCUACUAAUUCAGGAUUGUUACCCCCACCACCAGCACUUCCUCCAAGACCUUGUCCAACACAGUCUGAACCAGUAUCUGAAGCUGACUUACACCCUCAGCUGAACAGAGCUCCUGCUCAAGCUGCAGAAAGCAGUCCAGCAAAGAAGGAUGCACCACAUGGUCAACCUCCAUCAAAACCUAUUCGCAGGAAAUUCAGACCUGAAAAUCAAACUACAGAAAACCAAGAGCCUGCUGCUGCUGCUGCUGCUGCUGUUGCUGCUGCUGGAGGGGCAGCUUCUGCAGCAAUGGUGAAACCCCAUCCUACAGUACAAAAGAGGUUCAUCAAGAACGGAUUGCAUUGGAAAACCAAUUGGAACAACUUCGUCCAGUCACAGUGUUGUGACAUCCUCAAGUCUCGACUGACAGUGGGUGACCUUGUCUGCCAAGAUCUUUCUUUUGUUUGAGCCCAACUACUUGUCAUAGAUGUCUGAAUGUCAAAAGCUGUGAGCAGCACAAUAUAUUCUGUGUGAUUUUCUCUUUUGCACUUCUCUUGUAUAUUUUACAGUGGUGGUAAAAAUGUCUUCAACUGAUUAUUGCACUUAAAAUCUUAAUUAUCAGCUACUUGGGAGGCUGAAGCAGGAGGGUCACAAGUUCAAGGCCAUCUUAAGAAGCUUAUUGAGACACUGUCUGAAAUAAAAUGUAAAAAGAGAGCUAAAGAUAUAGCUCAGUGGUAGAGUGCUUGCCUGAUAUGCAGAAAACCCCAAGUUUAAUCCUAAGUACCAUUUAAAAACUUUACUUAUCACUGGAAUUUAUCUCCUAUUUUAACCACUUUUAAAUAUUUCUCCUUAUUAAAAUUAGUCUUCUAUCAGAUAACUCAGAGCAUUAUUUAUUUAAAGAAUUUAUAAUUUUUACAGAACCGAAUAAUGGAGUACUACCAGGAUGCUCAUUUUAUUCUUGUGUGUUUCAUACAGUAGGUUGGUUUCCUGAAUAAUGUGGAUUCCAACUGGAUAGUCUUAGGCAUGAUUACAAUAAAAACAAAAGCUGAAAUACAAUUAAAGCAGCAGAUUUACACUGGCACUGUGCCCUCUACCACUAUAUGCCAAAAACGCUUCUCUAGUGCUAUUUUGAUAUUAUAUCAGCUAUAAAUAAUACAUGACUAUUGUUUUCUAUUAAAUAUCAGAAUGGGUCUUUCCAUCUAUGUGAAAUAGAGAUUUUGGCAAUGAACUGUUCAACUUGGCCAAUCUCAGCCAUCAACCUAGAUAACUCAAUCCUUUUCAUGUAAGUUUUUGGGCAAGCACAAUCUACUUUAAUUGCCUUGCCUAAUCAAAUUAAAUAGUUUCCAGAUCACUACUUUUAUCCUGCAUGAGGAUAACAUCUCUGUAAAUGCAUGAUCUUGGAAACUACCCAUCAAAUAUGAGUAGCUAGGUAGCUACCUAUUUGUUGUUGGACCCAGGUUUCCAGGCUAAGAAGGGAAGGGUAAUGGCUACCAACUCUCCAACAAUACCUGGUUGUUGUCUUUAUUUUAGUCUGGAUUUCAAAUGUGUUGGGUCUGAAGACAUAAUGAAAGAAUGUAAUCUUCACACUAGCUUUAUGACUAUUUGUUCUCUCUAAAGUGUGCCCUUGGGAAGUAUUGACUUUAUAUACAGUUCAGAGGAUCUAAGCUAACUCUCGUGGAAGUGAUAUAAAGCAAGCUCCAAUUGCAGAAAGCCAGUAACCUGUAGAAAUUUAGUAGUAUAGCCCAAUUGAAAGUAGGAAAUGACUGACCUAUAGGGUCACAGGGUCCCUAGUUCACCAAUCCACAGCUGGGCAUUCCAAUGUUAACAUUACUUUGAGAGACUUAUAGCAUGACAUAUUGUCUUUUGUGCAUUUUGCAAACCUACUCAUUCUUUGCAUAGUGGGAUGUGGUGUGCACAGGGUACUUUUUGAAAUGGUUUUGGAUAGAUUUAUAAUAUGUAAGAUUAGGCUGUUGACUUCAAUAGAGCUGAGAGCGUUGAGUAAAAAUAGGCGUUUAUUUAAUACUUCCCUGUUCCUUUGGCAAGCUUUAUCAGUAGCUUAAUAACAGAAGAGAAGGGUUCAAACAGAUGACGUUUUUCCAAAGAAAAACAAAUUGUUGAAUCUCUUCCAUGCAUAUUUAAGGAUUUGAAACUGAUUUGAUUUGGAAAGUCAGGAAACUUGAACUAUUUCUGCAUUUCCUUUUCUCCUUGGCUGCCUUUUUGUUGCUGUUCUUGUGCGGAGGGCUCGGGAAUGAGUUUAAGCCCUCCUAAGAUUAUGAAUGGGUCAGUGCAAAUUCAUAAUUCGUAGGUGACUUCUUUUUUUCCUUAUGCUGGGAUGUGGGGGCUGUGACAAAUUUUUAGCAGUGUUCUGAUUGCAGCUGUUUCACAGCAUGUUUGGUGUUUGGUAUGUUCAAUACAGGAGAGACCAACAUAUGCACUUUUUCUCAAAAUCGUCCAGUGCAUAUGCCUCACUCGGGGUAGCGCUUCAAAUCGACCAACCAGACACAACCUAAGGAAUGUUAGUCUAACUGUGCAUUUAACAACACUGACUUGCUAUUUCCCUGUGAAGUAAAUGACACAGGGAACUGGGUAGAGAUUGGAAUUUUAGUUUUUUAAAGGAUAAAACUUGCAUUGGACAAUCAAGGCCCUCUGAGUGUCACAUCACAGCCUCAUCAAUAUAUUUCUUGUGGAGCUGGGGAUGAAACCCAUAUUUUAAUUUAGACAUUGCAUUAAAACACCUACCAAUAAUACACACACACACACACACAGAGAGAGAGAGAGAGAGAGAGAGAG